AGACCACGCAGGAGCUUCCUGUUUCACACGAACCGUAACUGCUGCCCGCUUCUGUUUUGCUGUGAAUUCGUGUUUAGGUAGAAAAAAAACAGACUUGGCUGGUAGUCUCCACACGGAAUUCUUAAGUCGUGAAAAAACUUACAUAUAUUUUCUAUCCACGUUGUUACGUGUAGUAUAUGUACACCGCAAUUGGAUCCGUUCCAACGCCUACUUCGAAGUGAAAAUGGAAACGUCCAUAGCCUCUUUUCGCACCAGGUCGCAAUCUUCCCCGGGGCACUGCAAAAGCAGAGACGCGAAGGAGCGCUUUAGCUUUUCACUGUUCUACUAGUCAGAUCUAGUAGUACCCCACGACUGAGGUAGCAGGCUAUAAUUUCCAACAAACUCGGGAACAGACCAAACGAGAACAAAACAGCCGAACCUCGCUAAAGCCACCAUUAUCGGGGCGAGGACCGCUGGGAUAGCAUUAUCUUCGCAACCCCCUUGCGACAAGCAAGCCCGGAAUACAACCAGCAAUCGCGAAAUCUGAACCACGACGAGUAGUCGAUUAGUUUCAACGAAUCAAGCGACGAUAAACGACGCGGUCCAUCAAACCCGCAUAGCAGACAAGAACAGCGACAAAAUGGCUCUGAAUCCACUAGUCUUGGAGAUAACGCAGGGCAUAGCGGAGUAUAAUGGCUUUCGUUUUUUUUCAGUUUCAUAAAAGUCGAAAGAAGGAUUAGCGCAGAUGACGUGAUCUUCGGAUGAUGAUUUGAGGUAUUGAUCUUGCAGGCCGACAGUCAUAUCGUGAACGCAGGGAUCAACUUUGUUUUAUGUUGCUAGUAGCAGAACAUCAAGCAAAAAAACUCUAAAUCAGAUUUUCCAACCGCGUGGGCCUGAAAACCCUUAUGUCGCAGUACGGGGAGGUUGAUGUGUGCUGGAUACCACCUUACAUGGACCGCGACAAAGACGUGGCUUACGUGAAAUUCAAGUCCUCCGAGAGCGCGGAGCUGGCCAUGAAGGCCAUGACCCAGGGCCUGGUUAUGAUGCACGGCGUCCAGCUGCAGGGGCGGUACCGCAUGGGCAUGCCACCGAAAACGGAUUCGAAGGGGGACGGGAACGUUCGCGUGGGAACGGACGAGUAUAAAUUUUUUUUUGCAGCUAUGUUUAUACGAUUAUAACUCGUUGAAGCGGGAUGGUUCUGGUCGAUUGCAUAGAAUUUCAAUCAAAAUAAGUAAGUCGACUGGUACACCAAACUUCAUGCGAGAGAAAAAGAUGCGUUUCUACACUGACUUCCAGAUGAACACCACCAGGUUUUCGCUUUUUUCCCAAAACUAAGAUAUAUCACACCCCCUCAUCUUCAGUGCCAAAUCCAGUUACGGCGCCGGCAGGUUCACGGACAGCCGCGCGCUCAUGGCCUCGCUCCGCGACAACGGCCGGCGGGGCGGGCGUGACCGAGAGAGGGACCGAGACCACUCGCGGUCACGGCGCGCGCGACGACGCAGCCACCGGCGGUCCAGGUCACGACGGGACUCGCGAAGACGCUCCCGAUCCCGGUCCCGGUCGAAGUCGCGAAACCGCGACCGCGAGCGGAGUAGACGGGAGGAGAAAACCAGCGGCGCGGGAUCACCUGCAGAGGCGAUCGGGGAGGAGGAGGACGGCUGCGUGGUGGUGCACAACUUCCUAGGUAUAGUGUGGUUCUUGUCGUGAUGCAAAUGAAAUAAGAUGAUGGCGAAAGUGAAAUUGGUAAAUGCAGUAUCUAUAAUCCUCGUCGCGGCGAGAAAUAAGCCCGAAUGAAGAACUGUAUUAUUGCAAUGAACUCUUUAUCCCAGGCCCGAAGCAGUCCCUGGGCCUGAAGCUGUCGAACGACAAGCGCGUAGUGGAGUUCGAACACCCGGACGCAGCGUUUUUCGGGUGGCGCAUCGGCGACCAGAUCGUGGACGUUAACGGAACAGACGCGGCGGACAUUAAGGAGCUGGUGAAAAUCAUGGGCGAAGUGAAGAAGUCCGGGGUACUGCCGCUCAGCUUCCGCAUCCGCCGGCCCUUGAACGCGGUGUCGGCGAAGGCGCUGGGGUCCGAGUACAGUCGAAUGAACAGCUCGAAGGACAGCAGCAACAGGGAAGAGCGGUCCGGCGGCAGUGCGAAUCAAAACAAGCAGCACCAAGCCAUUGAGGGUGUCAACGCGGUCCGAGAUCUGAUCUCCCGCAGGUGAGAUGUGACAGAGUUUUGGUUGGAGGUGCUUCAACAUCUUGUUCGUCCCUACUGCAAGAUAGAAACCGACGAAGAUGAACUACUUACCCAGCGACCCGACCUGCAGCCUCACCCAGCGACACUUGUUAUAAGGGCCUACAGAUUUGUUGUUGUAGCGACAUGUACAGGAGCCACGUCAGAGCCUUUAUUUUCAGAAGCGCCUACUGCGUUGCUACUUCAAACUUUUGGAACAACAAACGCUAGUAGUUGUGCUUCCCGACGACACUUUUCUUGAUGACCUUGACGACCAAAAAUUCAUCCUGUGCCAGAGUUGUUGCUUCUGAGAAAGAUUCAACGCACGAAGACCCGUGGUCUUCAGUUGUAGUAGAGAAGCAGUAAAACAAAAGAGUAUUGCCAGAA